AUGGUGGAUAUGCACCCUGCUUCCUUCCUGGGUGACUCCAAGGGAGCAGAGAAGCACUCUCAUCCUUCCCAUUCAAUUCCUUUUGCUGCUGCAAGCCUGCUGAGGAAGGUUGCCACGUCCAUGGUGUUGCUGACCCAGGUCCUCUGUGUGAGUAGCAUCAAGGGGGCGUACCUGCAUCCUCUGCCCAGCCAGCGUGCAUCUGCUCUGACCUUUGGGGUCUGGCAUUUGUGACUUCUAUGAUUUUUCAGACUUUGCUCUGAGGAAAGCCACCAACAGUGCCACUGGCAGCUCAUGUUUUAUGAGGCCGUACUCGAGUACAUAGUUCAAUUCCAAAGGACUUUUCUGCACUAGGGCCUGCAGUGGAUCAAAUGUGAAGGGUUUUCCAUUUCCCUUAGUUCCUUCUGCGGAUCUCAGUGUUAUGAUAGAGAUGUCUUUCUGCCGUUUCAGCAUGUUAGGAAUUGGAGUAAUAUAAGUCCACUAGAAAUGAUUUUGAUUUUUGCAUCAUCUGUGCUGGCUGGGCCCCACAUCCUGCCAUGUAAUUCUUUACUGACCAAGUGAAAGGGACUUGUAAGGUAGUGGGGAGGACACAAAACUGGUACCAUGUCUGCCAGGUGCCGGGAUCGUUGUGCAGUCUGGAAGGCUCCAAACCCAUGAGCUUCCUGUUGGUGUGAUUACUCUGUCUCGCUUCAGCUGGCUGACUUGAAAUGAAAAUAGCACUGUUGACUGGCACUUGCUGCAGCUGGCAGGUGGAAAAGCUGGUUUUCUGUUCCAAGACUUUCCACCUCCUUUAUGUUUUAUGUCUGGAUGCACAUCCAGAAGAAAAGGUAAAGUCACCAUCUUUGGAAUGCCCUGUGCUCGCUGGAGCAUAGUGAUACCUUCGAGCCAUACCACAGUCUCCUUAAUUGUCCUUCUUUCACACUAAUGAAUAAUUAACUGCUGUGUGCAUGUCCACAGACAGGCUGGUCAUGGGCAUCUCUGUGGGGUCAUGCUGACCUGCAGAUAUUCAUAGGGAGAGGGAGCUGCUUACCUCAGCAUGCAAUCUCUUGGCCUUGCUACCAGCCUGUUAUCACUUUGGCCACCAGCUGACCGAAGCUAAUGUCUCUGUGACCUGCAUUUGCAAUAGGCAAACGCUGACCAGUCCCCAGCAUCCUCAGAGCACGAGCACACAAACAAAUCGAGGUGAGCUAGGUGUGAAUUUGCAGCAAGUCAGCUCCUACACUGCGACUCCCGCAAGGUAAGCAAGUGCAAGGUGGCUCACAGGAGAGUGCCAGGCUAUUUUUGUUUCCAAGGGCAACAGCUCUCCCACAGGAACUUACCACAAAAAGCCACCCCAUUUUUGAAUGCCUGCUAUAUGGGAAAGCAUAAACCUCAACUUUCCAAAGUUCAGCUGUUUGCGUCAAGGCCCCCAAGCAAGUAUUUGGUAGGCUCAGCUUUCCUGCUUGUUGCAAGUUGAGUCAUGUCGCACUGACUCCUGUGUGCUGCAAGAAACUCCCACCCUCUUUUUGCUGUGGAACUAGAGCACAGUUUGGGGCUUUUGCUAUGGAACUCGAGCACUUUGAGGCAUGCCUGUAAUUCACAUGGCAGUAAGGUUCAUGGAUUGGAGAUGGUCUCUUCUUGUUUCAUGUUAUCCUGCAAGUAACCACUCUGCCUCCGAUGCUUUGGAGCCUAAAAAUGCUUUUGACUCUAAAACUGCCAUCUCUCGCUGGGGGUUUUUUACCUUAAAAGUUUUUUAGCAGAAAUCUGGGGAGGUUGGCACUGAACUAUUCUAUUCUAACUAUUGUUUUUCCUCUCCCCGUUGUGUCUUGCCACCCGGGUGUUGCUGCUAUUGCCAUCAAAGCACCGAAGUGAGUCAGAGGUGGAAAAGGAGUUGAAAAGCUCAGGGUGAUACAUCGGUGCCAGUCAGAAUGACCCUUUCUAUCCGUCCAUCCCAGCAAGCCAGUGUGCAGCGGUAGCAGCUCAGAGGGCUGUGCUCAUGACUUCAUCCCUCCCUGCCGAGGGCAGAUGAGGAGCAUCGUUAUCGGCUGUCGGCCUGCGUGGCGGGGAGUCCGCGCUCUGUGCCAGCAAUGGAAAUGUCCUUGGGCGUAGGGCUCCUCCUGCAUCCCAAAGGUGACUGGGCCCUGCUGAGAAGGGGUGAAGAAGCUGGAAAAAUGGAGGAAAGAGGUGCAAAUUCAAUUGCUUCUCUGUGAUGAUGUCAUGGCAACGAGAUGCAGGACGACUCUCCCUGAUUUCUGCCUGGAGGAGAGACGGGGCAGUGGAAGCACUGACUCUCUUUGCCCUGUGUGGGUGCCUGCCCCUUGGCAAGGAAGGAUGCGGCGCCAGCUGCAGACACUUGUCCAAAGGAAGUUUAAAGUCCUCCUCCUCCUGCUGCUGCUCCUGGCCUUUCUGCUGCAUGUCACGAUGGACUUGGCUCUCCCUGAGAGUCGCAGGCUCUGCAGCUGCGAUGCAAAAGCACCAAAAGCCUUGGGUACCCCCACAGGCAGCCCUUUGCUGGCCAGCCUUGAAAAGCUGAGCCUGCGCAUCCUUCAGGACUUCAGUGGCAGCAACGGUUCCUUGGAGAAAAGCUCCCAGCCUCAGGGAGCAGGGCCACUGGGAAAAGAUGGGGACAUGGGGAUCCAGCACCAGCAUGCAGAUAUCAGUCCAGCAUGGGCCAAGGGAUCCAAGCUGGCUGCACUCUUUGAGCAUCCCCUUUAUAACAUCCCGUUGCCGAAGGUGAAGGACAAAGACAAGCUGUUUGUCGUCAAUCCCAUGGAAAAGUUCAGCCUACGGAGCAGUGGGAGCGAUGAAUGGGUCAGCAGCAGUAAAGCCGAGAUGGUCCUCCCGACAGGGAAGACAGCCUACGACACCUACCCUGCCUGGCUCAAGUUCCACGUCGGCAUCAACCGCUACGAGCUGUACCCGCGCAGGGACCCCCUGAUGCCCACCCUCCUGCAGGACCUGGCCACCAUGAAGAUUGUCAGCUCAGUGCAGAAGUCUGGCGGUACCCAGCUGAAGCUCAUCAUGACCUUCCCAAACUACGGGCAGGCCCUCUUCAAACCCAUGAAGCAGAGCAGGGAACAAGAGACCCCCGCUGACUUCUUCUACUUCUCAGACUUUGAGCGGCACAAUGCAGAGAUUGCAGCCUUUCACCUGGACAGGAUCCUGGAUUUCCGACGAAUCCCACCAGUUUCUGGUCGCUUGGUGAAUAUAACAAAGGAGAUCCGGGACAUCACGACCGACAAGAAACUGGCCAAGACUUUCUACAUCUCCCCAGCGGGCAACAUCUGCUUCUACGGGGAGUGCUCCUACUACUGCUCCACUGAGCACGCUCUGUGCGGCAAGCCGGACCAGCUGGAGGGCUCCAUGGCAGUCCUGCUGCCCGACAAAGCUCUGGCCAAGCGUCGCUCCUGGCGCAGCCCCUGGCGCCGCUCCUACCACAAGAGCAAGAAGGCUGAGUGGGAGCUGGACCCCAACUACUGCAGCCAGGUGCGCCGGACGCCGCCUUAUGACAGUGGUCAUCGCCUCCUUGACCUCAUCGACAUGGCAGUACUUGAUUUCCUCAUGGGCAACAUGGACCGGCACCACUAUGAGACCUUUGAGAAAUUUGGGAACGACACCUUCUUGCUUCACCUGGACAACGGCCGCGGCUUCGGCACGCACUCUCGUGACGAGAUGUCCAUCCUGGCCCCGCUCCAGCAGUGCUGCAGCAUCAAGAAAUCCACCUACCUGCGGCUGCGGCUGCUGGCCACCGAGCCCUACCGCCUGAGCGAGCUGAUGCGGGAAGCACUGGCUGCCGACCGCCUGGCGCCCGUCCUGGCCGAGCCCCACCUGCAGGCAUUGGACCGGCGCCUGGGCAAGGUGCUGGUGGCUGUGGGACGCUGCCUGGCCACAGCAGCACAGCCCCACCAGGUGCUGGUGGAUGACAUAGGGUCGUGGCUGUGAUGUCACGGAGACGGUGACGUGGUGUGAUGGCAAUCAUCACCCUGGGAAGAGCUUGGAGUGCGUGGUAUUGGAUGAUGCAAGGGGAGAAGGGCGGGUGCGCGCGUUAUUUAAAUAAAUAGGUCGGCCUCGUGGAGAAAACAUGAUUUGGGAUCCCGGCCAAUGGGGCUGUUUUUCCAGUCCCAGAUUCACGUGGCACGGCCAUC